CACUUUAAACACUGGUUUGUUAUAGGAGCCCAGAAACAUGGUUUUGGUCGGUUUUCAUAGUAAUUCGUGUCUGAAGCUAGUACAAAACUUUUACGCAGACUACAAUGUAUGAUGCUGUGCUUCACCGGUGCCUACUUUUAUGUGUAUCACUGAUGCUGCCGUCCAGACUACAAGGUGAAGUCACAAGUCAUCAAUAUGUAAAAGGCAUAUUGGGAGAACGGUUUACCAUCCAAUGCAACAUCAGCUUACAGCCUGGGGAGUCAGUGAUGCAGGUCAGAUGGCUGGAUGUGCAAAAUAAGACUCUGCUUUCAUACAUCAUGAAUGAACACAAAACUGAAACGGAGGGUCGAGUGUUUGUAAAUUUAUCUCGGCCCGAUGCGAGUGCUAUUACAUUCAGCUCUCUAUCUGUAAAAGACGAUGGUUGUCAUAGGUGUGCCUUUGAUGUGUACCCUAGUGGACUGCAAGAAGGAAAAACAUGCAUAACAGUCAUUGCUGAGGUGAAACCAGGCAGCAACAAGACUGUGGUGAGCGGGAAAUCCACAGACUUGCAGUGCAGCUAUGGGGUCGUCAAGCACGUCCAGCAGGUCCUGUGGAGAAAAAUCACUCCAGGGUCCAAGGCGGACGUUGCCUCUUACAGCAAGAUGGACAAAGGCAGUGUCAAGGACCUCUUCAAAGACCGCUUUACGAUCAGCCACGGGCUGCAAGAAACCAGGAUCUCCAUCUCGCCAGUGAAACCGGAAGAUGACGCCUGCUUCUCAUGCGAGUUCAACACCUACCCGUACGGGACCAAGAAAGGAGUCACUUGCCUCACUGUCUAUGUUUUGCCAAAGCCUCAGUUGGAUUACAGAUCUCUAGGACCUGGAAUCAUUGGAGCCAACUGUUCUGCUGUCGGGAAACCAGCUCCGGAGAUUUCAUGGAAUGUAGAGACUGACAACAGGACGUUUAAUGUUAGCCAUUCCUCAAAAGACCGUGCAGAUGGGACCACACUGGUCAUAAGCACUUUAUUUGUGCAAGCCAGUUUAUUGGAUGAGAAAUCCGUCAAAUGCAUAGUCCACCACCGAGGCCUAGAAUCGCCUAUUGGAGUUACUCUGAACACCAAAAUCCAUGUCUUGUGUGCUUCUGUUACAGUUGGGACAGCUCUGACGAUUCUCAUCACAGUUACGGCAGUGGCAGCCCUACUUGUUCUGUGCCUGUGCAUAUGUCUGUGGAGAUGCUUCUUACGCAAAGACGAUGAUUGAUUUAACUGAUGAAUACAGAAGGAAGCUGACAAAGAGGCUGCUGAUGACAUUGACGCUGACGGCUUUAACAAUGAGCACUUUGGACAUUUUCUCAAGCAAAAAAGUUUUAAAUGUCUAGGAGAAAAAAUGUGUGCUUCAGACAUGAAAAUAGAAAUAUUUAUUUUCAAAAUCACCCUACAUUUAUUCUGGUUGAAUAUACAGUAUAUGAACUAAUUAAAUUAAUUUUCAAACCCACGUUAAAGAAGGCCAAAAUGUUCUGUCUUUUUCUACUAUUCAUCACAGAAUUAACGUCUGCUUUUCAUAAUGAAAUGAAUGGGUUUUUUGACCAAAACUGUUUUAUACUGUGCUGUUUUUAUUUAUUUAAUUGCUUCCUUCUUCUGUAUCCUAUUGUUUUAUAGCAAAUUGGUUUUAUCUUCUGCAGUCUGCUGUUUUCUUGGUGCCAUUUACUCUCCAUCGGCGUGUUCUACAGGUUCAGUGAGAUGUCCCACUCUGACAACUAAAAAAUAUCACCCCACGGUUUUAAUUUAUUAUUAUUAGACUAUGAAAUAAAAAUAGAGAAAAAAGAAACUAAUAAAAAUGAGUACGUGCAAAUGUAAAAACAAACUGAGGUACAGGCACGGGUGUGAUUGAAGUAACUUGGAGGGAUGCCUGGUGACAGAUGGUCUCACAUGCAAGUUGAUGUGAAACUAUUCAGAGUCUUACAUGUCAGAGGCAGCAUUCCCAAUUUGGUGCAGGUCUCCACCACUUGUCUCUGCAAAAGGGCUAAGAUUGGUGUUAUAUGGUUUUGGUUUAAUUUCAGGUUGAUACUUUAUGAAUGUAUUCAACGCGGCAAGGAAAUUUUGUUUUUAAACACAAGCAUGUACGGUGUUGCAGCAGUUUCAGAAAAUGCAAAAGCCUGUAUUCUGUGCAUCUACCUGGUAAAGCAGCUGGCACCGCAUUGAAAUCUGAUCUUCUGUACUUAGGAAAAAUAUGACCCAUUGGCAGAGUAUAAGUAACAAAUAUUACUGGCCUCAGGACUGAUCCUAGAGGAACACCUGAUAACACCAGAUUUUCAGGAUGCACAGUGUCCAGUUUUUAAAAACUGCUCCCUUUCAGUUCCUAGAAAUGGAAAUUAGGAUAGUCCAGUCCAGUUAGCCCAGCUGCAUUUGUAACUGCGGGAUGUUGUAGUGUGGCUUCCAACUGUGGUCUCACAGAUGUCCUCGAACGUGCUAUGGGACGCAGCCAGCAUCAGUUGGUAAAGCACUGAAUCACACAGGGGUAGCAGUGAACCACAUCUGAUAAGACAUUCCACAACAGCCCACACACAUUCAGUGGAGUUUAGGUCUAGGGACUAUACAUGCCAAAAUAUACAUCCCUGCGUGCUCUUUGUGAUGGACUUACAUCCUGCCCAAGAUGCCUUUCAGUCAUACGCCCUGAUCUUCCAGAUUGGACCCCAGGCUACCACAAUGCCAAUUCCGGUUUUUGGAUGAUGAUGAAAUGUCUAGUUCAAUUAUAUUUUGACUCAUUUUAUUAUUUCAGUUUGUUGGAUUUUUUAUAAAGAAAACUAACUUUUUUGUUCUUCGGCUAAGUGCUUUGGUGGGGCAUUUCCUUAUGCCUUUAUCUUUGCUGUUUUUAUUUCAAUUUUUACUUUAAAUAAAUCUUUGUGCAACUAGCAUGCAUUUGGUUCAAUGUCUGGAUUUGAAUGUUUGCAUAUAUUUAUUAAGCAUAUUUAGAUGUGUUAAAAGUGAAUUAAAAUAUCAUGUAGUGAUGUCAAAUACUUUUUAGUAGUUUAUAUCUGAAGUGUUUUGUAUUUUUUUGUUUAUUUCUACUCUCAUGUAGAAAAUAGAUUAGUUAUGAGGAAUCAUGAAUGUAUGUUUGUUUUUAUUUGCAUUUUGUGUAUCGGACUUUGGAUUUAUGCUGUUUGGAAUGUAAGAGUAUAUAUUAUAUACAUUACAUUACAAAAGAGUCAUAGCUCUUUAUAUGCUAUUUUGUACUUAAAUACUUAAAAACUCAUUGUAUUAGUUUUUUAAAAUAAUUUCACACUUUAUUCUGGUAAAAAGUAAAGUGGUCGAUUAAAAGGCAUUGUAUUGUAGUCAUUUAAAUAUAAUCUUAAUUUCUUUGUAUUGAUAUCCUGUGCCACCCCAGAGCUCAAUUUUCAAGCUUAAGAAAACUAAUGUGUGAAGCCUGAGUUCAGCUGGCUCACAACAGUGUCUGCCUCACCCUCAGAGCACAGCGCACAGCACUUCAACUCUCCAUCUCAUUCACUUAACGCCGUUAAGAGUUGAAGAAAAACAAUAUUGCCAUUAUGAUCUGACAGAUGACAAACAUUUAUUGCAUAGUUUUUAUAUAUUCAGCGCAACAGUUCAUGGAGAGAAUGGUGUCCAAACAUUGUGUAUGGUAUUUUGGGAGUAACGUCACAAAUUCUGGUCUGUUUUCAGAAUAUCUGUGUACCCCGUGUGUAAUAAUAGACAACGUGAAGGGCUUUAGACACUUGGAGCUCCCUUUUAAGAGAAGGGCUCAAAUUUUAAUCCCAGUGGCAGCUUUGGCCACCCAAAGUUCACAGAAGCAGGAAGUGGGUCAGAACAGAAUGACGGUUCAGCCUGUGUUUAACUCACCCUGAUAAUGUGCAGAUAUGCAACAAGACUGACCAGACUGACCAGCUUCAGACAGUUGAAAAUGAAGCCUUAAAAUGUCUGUGUGCAUGUGGGGGUGUUCCAUCAUCCCUUUCGUGAUCAGGGACGAAUGAAAAUAAGGAUUAUUGGAAAGUCCCACCACUGUGGGAUUAGAAAGAUAUUAAAGAUGUUUAGACGUGUGACAUCCUACUAAGCACCUUACUGUAUGAAAGCGGCAUGUUUUUUUUGUUUCCUUGGAUGAUGGAUG